GACGUUGGUAGGUGCACUAGAUUCGGUUGUUAGUCUUAAGCCACUCCGCUCGCCGGACAGGCGGACACACUGUCUUCUUUCUCACCUACCAAAUUUCUCAUUCUCACUCUCUCUUUUUCUUCCUCUGUCACUGUCACGGCGACCAGGAUUAGGAGAGACCCAGGCACUCUCCCAUUUUAUCUCCUGCCUAUUUCAUUUCCUGCCCAUUUCUUGAUUCAGUUGGUACGAUCGGGAGUAUCCUAUCAUGGAUUUCUUACAGACCGCAGACACCCAGAUUCUUGUGGGUGCAGCAGUGGCUCUUGUAGCCAUUGGUGCUGGUGCUUUCUAUUUCUACUCCUCCAAGAAACCCAAAGGCUGCUUAGAUCCUGAGAAUUUCAAGGAGUUUAAACUUGUAAAGCGCACAGAAUUGAGCCAUAAUGUGGCGAAGUUCAAGUUUGAACUUCCUGCACCAACUUCGGUUCUGGGUCUUCCAAUUGGACAACAUAUAAGUUGCAGAGGCAAGGACAGCCAAGGUGAAGUGGUUAUCAAGCCAUAUACACCAACUACUUUGGAUUCUGAUGUCGGUUAUUUUGAGCUAGUUAUAAAGAUGUAUCCACAAGGAAGGAUGUCACACCAUUUUCGUGAGAUGCGGGUUGGAGAUUAUCUUUCUGUAAAGGGACCCAAGGGUCGUUUCAAGUAUCAACCCGGCCAAAUUAGAGCAUUUGGCAUGCUUGCUGGAGGCUCUGGAAUUACUCCAAUGUUCCAAGUUGCUAGAGUCAUAUUAGAAAACCCCAAAGACACGGCAAAGGUGCACCUUAUUUAUGCCAAUGUCACAUAUGAGGACAUUCUUUUAAAGGAAGAAUUGGAUGGUCUUGCAACUAACUACCCGGACCGCUUUAAAAUCUACUAUGUCUUGAAUCAGCCUCCUGAAGUAUGGCAUGGCGGUGUUGGCUUUGUAUCAAAGGAAAUGAUUCAUACCCACUGCCCUGCACCGGCACCUGAUAUUCAGAUUCUGAGGUGUGGUCCACCACCCAUGAACAAGGCCAUGAGUGCUCACCUUGAUGCCAUUGGAUAUACCUCUGAGAUGCAGUUCCAAUUCUGAUCCGCUUUUGCAAGGUCUUUGACUUUGGUGCGGACCAGCUUUUACUGUUUCCAUGGGUUGAAUGAAAGACUUUUUAUCCUAUACUUUAAUUUCUAGCAUUGAAUGGUACUGUUAAGCAUUAGAGCGACUCAUAAACUAUCUUGCUUUUGAAAUUAAAAAAUAAAGGAAAAAAAAAGUUCCUUGUCGGAAUGGCUUUUGCA